ACUCCUUUUAGCUAGUAGAUCAUAUUCAGGCUGACAAAACAAUAACAAGAUAGUAACUCUUUUGACUAAAUGCUCAUUUCAUCAAAUAUUCAUUCUGGAUCCAACCACCAAUUUCCCAAUUUAUGCGGUGGAGUGAAUUAGUUACCUAAUCUGCUGAAAAAAGAUGCUGCAAAAUCCCAAACUCACAGGGAAAGAGAGAGACUGGUGUGAAAACAAGAAAGGUUGGAAAAGAGUGACAUCAAAAGCUUGCUUACACUUGCAGUUGAUCUGCAUUCAUCUUGGUUUUUUGCUUCAAAUGCCACCCCUUUCUCUCUUUAAGGCAUCUGGGCUUCGAUAAAAAUCGCGUCUUUAUUAAACUUUUCCGAGCAAGAAUGGGGAAUAAGUUAAUCUGUAUGACCAAGAAAGAUGGGAACCCGAGGAUUGGAUCAAGGAGCAAAAGGGGGUCGAUGUCGAAGAGAAAGAGUGCAAUAGAGGAAGAAAUGCUGCAUAGACAAGCUCUAGCUAUGGCGAUACAGCAGCAUCAGCUCUCUCAGAGAUUUGACAAUGGCUCCUUGUCCCGCCGCAUCGGAUCCACUAGCUCUCGCCGCCGCGCCACCGCAAAUUUAUCAGACCCUCUUUCUAAUACUAUUAGCUCCAACAACAAAGAGUUAUCCCCCGAAUCUUUGGAUAACAUGAAGACAAAGAAAUUUGUUCUAGUACACGGAGAAGGAUUUGGAGCUUGGUGUUGGUACAAAAGCAUUUCUCUACUAGAGGAAUCUGGAUUGCUUCCAGUUUCCUUGGAUCUGAUGGGGUCUGGCAUUGAUCAAACGGACACAAACACGGUCACCACUCUGGCAGACUACUCAAAACCUUUGAUUGAUUACCUGCAGAAGUUACCUGAUGGUGAAAAGGUGAUACUGAUUGGUCAUAGUAGUGGAGGUGCUUGCAUUUCGUAUGCAUUAGAGAUUCUCCCCGAGAAAAUCUCCAAGGCCGUGUAUGUGUGUGCUACAAUGGUGUCUAAUGGGCAGAAACCCUUCGAUCCUUUUGCUGAAGAGCUUGGUUCAGGAGAAUUGUUUUCACCUGACUCAAAGUCUCUUGUUUAUGGAAACGGUACAGACAAGCCCCCAACGGCAUUCAUGUUCGAUAAGCAGCAUCUGCGUGGACUAUAUUUCAACCAAUCUCCUCCCAAGGAUGUAGCGCUAGCUAUGGUUUCCAUGAGACUGGUCCCUCUUGGUCCAAUGAUGGAGGCAUUAUCAUUAUCUUACAAAUACGAAACCGGCCGUCGUUUCUAUAUCCAAACAUUGGACGAUCACGCACUCUCGGCCGACAUUCAAGAAAAGCUGGUAAGGGAAAAUCCACCUCAAGGAGUCUUCAAGAUUAAAGGCAGUGACCAUUGCCCUUUCUUCUCAAAGCCUCAAUCUUUGCAUAAAAUUUUGAUUGAGAUCGCCCAAAUUCCGUAGCAUAAUACUAGUACAAUUUAGUUAGAGGAGAGUAUAUAUGUACCUUAAUAUCUAAUCUACUUCGCUUUCUCUUUUCCCU